AUGGCAACGAGGAGCCGAAGAAGUGGUGCUGGAUCAGAUACUCUUAACCCAGCAAUGAUUUAUUUGUUGGGUACGGGUAGACUGAAAAAAGAAUUGGAACAGCGGGGCUUGGACAUCACGGGCAAUAAAAAUUUGCUUGCAGAUCGUUUGCAGCAAGCAGUUGAUCUGGAACGUAUGGGGCAUCAUUCGUAUUCUCCGCCACCCGUCACUGAGAAAUGUCCUCGAAAAACAGCAACAAAAAGAACAGCAAAAGCGAAAGCGCAAGUGGAAGUUAGCGAAAACGAGGUAUUGGCUGACGAAUCAGAACCAGUAAUAACAUCACCGCAGGCAAAAAAGAAGAAGGUUGAUCAGAGUGAAGCGGAACGGAUCGAAGAGAUCGAAAUCGUUGAAGAAUCGUUUUCAAUCGAAUUUUCAGAUGAAACUUCCACGGAUCUGAAUGCAGUAGCUGGAGUUUCAUCUUUGCCUUCUGAAAAACCAGCUGACUUAGAAGCACCAGUAAACAACACUAAGAAGAGUCAGUCUAAAAGCAAAAAAACUUCUCCAACUCGCAAAAAACCUUCUACUAAAAAAUCAAGUUAUCAGAGAUUAUCUAAAGAUGAUUCUACGGAAGCGCCUGCGGCUCAUCGUACAAGGAGAAGUAGUGAGGAGAUGAAGCUGGAAAUAGCGGAAGAAAACGAAUCAACGGAUAGUACAGACAGUGAACAAGAGGAACAGCUGGGAUUGAAAUUGAAGAUCGAUAUGAAAAACAAAAAGAUUGAAAAAGAGAAAUCGGUUACAAAGGUCAGAAAAGAAAAGGAAGCGGAGAAAAAUUAUUCAGCUGAGAAUGAAUCGAACGACUCAAAACCAAAAAAAGGUCUCGUUCUGAAAUUGAAACUCGAUCUCAACAAGAGCAUUCGUAUGUCGGAAAGUGAGCCGAAGAAAGCACCACCGUCGGUGUUGAUAAAGACCGUUACGGUAGAUUCUGAUUCUGAAACGAGCAAGGCGGCCAGUGGGUCAGAAAGGAGUUCGGCCAAAGAAGAGGGCGAAUCGAGCAAACUGGUCAUAAAAUUACCGAGCGAUCGUUCGUGUGGUUCAGCGUCACCUCUUUCACAAAUCAGUCCAUCGAAUUCAUCAACAGAUAUGAGUAAGGGGAAACAACAGUCAUCGGAAAGUAGUGCAGUUGAUAAGUCCAAAGUCUUAUCAUCAGAUGCCGAAAAGAAGAAAGCAUCGUUAAGUCGCAAGAAGAUCCCGUUGCGUAUGCAGGCACCAAUUGAUGUGCUUGAUUCCAUUUUCGAUAAACAGACGGAAUUAUUGUCGAGCAAGUUCAAAACUGAACAGGAGAAAGCGGAUGAAAGACAGAAAAUUGAAAUGGAAAAGCGCCGUUUGAGUGGAGCAAGCAACAUCGGAUUGGGACCAAUGAUCGAUCGACGAAAAUAUCCUUUGACUUCCCAACAGCAUCAGCCUUCACAACACCACUCUCCUAUUUCACCAAGAUUCAGUACACAUCCACAAAAAAAUCGUUCGUUGUCGGAUGAUCGAAUGCAACAGCUAUCGCGAUUACCAGCUCCCCCACCGCCCCCUAACCUAUCCUCUUUACCGCCUCCCCCACCACCACCACCCGCACUCCCUCCGAGCCGUUUACCCCCUCCACCUCCGCCACCCAAGCCAACAUACGCUAAUGUAACGCCGAUAGAAGAUGCACUGUUGUCACCGUUAUCGCGUCCACCCUCAGUACCACCGUAUUCGUCGCCAACACCCGCCUCGGCAUCAAUCAAGCACUAUCCCGAUGUGCCGUCAACGUCGGCGAUCGCCUCACAACUCUCCUCUUCCGACCUAUCACCAGACCGUAUCAAAGAAAUGGCAUCUGCGCUACAAGCGGUUUUUGCACGGAUUGGUGAUGCAAAUUCGAUGAAACUCCCAAUCAGUAACGACGACGACGCAGCCGUAAAUGAUUAUUCAUUUGAUAGCUUGCAGUUGUCAUCAUCCUCGUUCCUUCAACAACAUGCUGAUAGGAGACUUGAUGAACUUCGUACGUCGUCAGAUUUAGCGGAGACUGAAGCUGAAACUCCGAACUCAGAUAGCAUUGUUGAUGAUGCAAAAGUGGAACCGUCUUCAUCUAAUGUAUUCAUUCCUCCUCCUGCAGCCACUCACCUCAUACCACUUCCUCAAACUGAACCAACAGCGAAUUUACUGACUUCGAACAUUUUGGAAGUAAUACCACUUCCCGAUGAUGUUGAUCGGCAACGAUCACCACCAAAUGAGUUGAUAAGCAUGCCUGUUGUAAGUGCUCCUAUAACAACCCCAAUUGAUACGUCUCUUUCAAAUUAUCAAUCAGAUGAGUCAAAACCGAUGUCAACUGCGAAUGUCACCAAACAACAAACAGUCCAGUCGACAGCCGUCAUCGAUCACAACAUAAGCGUUGAUUCGGAUGAGUGUGCUAUCUCAAAACCAAACAGCGAUGACGAAAUAAGGCGAGAUGUCAGUACAACCUUAAAUUCAGUGCUUCAGAUGGCUUCGGGUUCCGGUGAAACUAAACUGACGCCAUUGGCCUUAAAUGAAGACGUUAAUAUGACCGAUGAAACAAGAGCGCAGUCCAGUGAUGAGCUGCCAAUACCUAGCUCGAGUUGUGAGAUGAGUCAACUCGAAAAGGAUGUGCGUAGCAUCCUAAUGGAGCUAGUGGCCACGGUGGUAGCAUCCUAUGAGUUGUUAUCAUUCAACGAAAAUGUUUUGCAUUUCUCAUCGAGCAACUCGAGUGAAGAAGAACAUCCCAAAGAGAAUAUUUCUGAUGAAGCAUCCAUCUCACCAAAUACCGUCUCCACUGAUCAGGAUAAAGAAUCAACAAACGAUUCAACCGCCAACUCCACUUCAAAGGAACCGGGGACUGAAAGCAAGCCUGAUAUCUGCGAGAAAUUACUGCGUGAUCCACGCUUAUUACUCCAGAAGGCAUCGGCUGUUUUGAAGAAUUUAACUUCACAAGAAAAUGUUAAUGAGGAACACGGUCAACACUACGAGCAGAUAACUCCUGAUCCAGACUAUGAGAUUCCAGAGGAGGACAAACCGUUACCUGAAUUUCAUGGUGAACCGGUGCCCGAUUCAGAUGAUGACAUCAUCAUUGAGGGAGUUUCAAAGCGAAAGUCGAAUGCGGCCAAGAAGAACUCAGUGCAAGAAGAGGAGCCAAUCCCUGGUGACGAACAUGUUGAACUGGACUUCUAUAAUGCCGAUUUGCACAUCAAGGCAAGUGAGACUGAUCGUAUGAUAAUCGAUCCGGACAACGGUGACGGAUUUGCAUUGAUGUGGGGUGGUGUUCGUUCGACGUACGGUAUUCGUGUACCUCGGCAGUUCGACGAUUCAUUCCCUGUUACCGUUUUCCAAGCGAAGGUUCUUGAGCACUUAACGAUGAAGCACAUUCCCUUCGAAGAGGUGGAUGCCUUCGACGCUCGUAUUGGUUGGUCACUGCAAAAUACACAAACGAUCCUAGGAGAAUCAGCACAUUCGUACUCGUUCAGUUUGACGGCGCGGAAAGCACUCGGAAACGUUUUUACGGAUUACGGUGAGCCGUUCCAGAUCGGUGAUAUCAUCACAACUGCUGUUGAUUUGGCCAAAGGCGAGAUAUCCUACUGGAUAAAUAAGCAGUGGAUGGGCGUUGCCUUCUCUGAGGUUCAUUUAAUGCCCGAUGAAGCACUCUUCCCUCAUAUUUGCACAAAGAACUGUAAAGUGGCGGUCAAUUUUGGUAAUUCCAAAGCGGAUGAUUGGAUUGAUUUGAGUGAGCUGAAUCGGGACAAUUCAAAGCAAGAGCAGCAGCAACAAAAGUUGACUUUUAUUGAUCACGUCUCAAAAGACAAACUCGUUCGAGGACCUGUUGCUCCAUCAAGCAAAAACGAAUGCACGGUUUUGAUGAUGGUUGGUUUGCCUGGUGUUGGUAAGACGACAUGGGUACGUCAAUAUCUGAAAGAUCAUCCUCAUGAACAAUGGACAUUGAUCAGUACGGAUGUGAUUCUUGCAGCGAUGAAAAUAAAUGGUGUUGCCAGAAGUCGGGUGCAUCAGGGUCGUUGGGAUAUGGUGAUGGGUUUAACGGCAAAGGCGUUAACACGUUCUUUACAUUUGGCAUGUCGGCGGCGACGCAAUUAUAUUAUCGAUCAGACGAACGUUUCUAAAGAUGCCAGGCGCAAAAAACUUUCGCAGUUUAAAGAUUUUCAGCGUAAGUGUGUCGUGAUAAUACCAAAGGAAGAGGAGAUGUUGAAUCGUCAAAUAAGACAGUCACGCGCUGAUGGCUUUGGACAGAUACCCGUUGAAGCUAUGCUUGAGCUGAAAGCCACAUUCACCAUUCCGAACAUUGAAACCGAGCCAAUUGAAGAUGUUUAUUUCGUUGAACCUCCAAUUGAAAGGAUCAGUGAUGCCAUUGAAAUUGUCAGAAGAUUUAACGAGGAGGCCAGACCGUGGUGCCAGAAGAAACGUGGUCGAAGGGGUGGUGGUGGUGGUGGUGGUGGUGACAAUAGACGUUCGUAUGGAUCUCGUUCGAAUGAAAAUAGACAAUUCUCGUUCAAUUCAAAUCGUCGACAUUCAUCAGAUUCUGGUGCUCCAAAACAAUCAUCCCACGCACAACCAAGGCCAAAGGAAGGAUACUGCGGCUUCGGUGGAGCAAUGCCGCCAUCAAUGGUACCGACGUCCACUCUUUGGGCGGAACACAAAAGCACUUCUAACUAA